CUGGCGACUAGUGGUCCGGAGUCAAUCAGAGUACAGAUGUGAACAGACGUAUUAUCGGCACGUGUCGAUUUGGUCAACUAUAACUUUUACUCUGUGAAUUACGAUUGUUAUCAGUAAGCUUGAAUGUACAUAACUAUUAACGUGCAUCACAAAUUGUAAUCGGUAUUAUUACGCGUUAACUUUGAAUAAGAAUUAUUUUUUAUACUCGAGUUAACCUCAAAUAUGGAACAUACCAAACAUUUUUUCUUCUCGGUCACGCAGCGUGUUUUUAGUAAUUGGACAGCAUUAAGGUUGGCAGUGGAACAUGAUAUGGGUUCAGUAGAAAGUGCAAGACAUCUCUGUAAUGAUGUAACAGACAUGAUGUAUUCCUCGAAUGAACCUAAGAUUUUUGAUCUUGCUGAAUACUUAGAUGAGUAUUUGAAUGAGAAAUUUUCGACUGAGCUGGAGGAUGAGAGCCACUUUGAAGUAGCUGAUGAAUUAGAGAAAUUUUUUCGAUAUUUUGAAAACCGCGAAAUGGUCAAAGCAGAACAAGAGUUUAAUAUGUUACCACCAGUACAAUCUUGGAUUUACACAGAUCGACACAUUAAUGAUCCUAGUGUUUCUGUACCAGCAGAAAGUAAAAGCAGUAAUACUAAUAUUGAAGAACAAGAUAUGGAUGAAGAUGAGGAAUCAAAUAUGGAUGCAGAUGAUGACACAGUAGAUAUGAACUUAGAUAAGAAUAAGGAUACAGAUGGUUGGACUCUGGUAACAAAUAAACGAAAUAAAUAGCUUUUUAUUUAUACAAAAAAUAUCUUUAAUUAGCAAUAUUUUGUUAUAAAAAAAUGGAAAGACAUGGGAUAAGAGAGAAAGUUGCAUACUUCACAAGCACAAUACAAGAGGAGUGCAUUUGUUUCACAAUCAUACAAAUUUGAGUUCUAGAAUUGUCUACAAAAAUAUUUUCAUCUAAACAGACCUUCAAAAUGUUCCUAAAAUGUCAUUUAGCGAGCGUGUCUUCUAUAUCUGAAAGAAAAAUAAAGAGUGAAUUUGUUUCAGUCUA